UUGAACGAAGAAACCGACCAAUUUCUGAGAUGUCUAUUAUGUCUGGCAGACAAACUUCAAGCAAGACUAUGGUCGGAUGGUGGAAUAAAAGCGUUGUUAGGAAUGGUUAGAUGCGGACAUCCGGAUGUUCUUGCCCAGGUGGCUCGUGGAAUUGCAAACUUUGCAAAGUGCGAGUCCCGAGCAACCACUCAAGGUGUUAAGAGUGGAAGAUCACUACUAAUAGAAGACGGAGCUCUUCCAUGGAUUGUACAACAUGCUAACGAUGAAGCUGCGCCAAUCAGGCGGCACAUAGAGCUAGCUUUAUGUCAUUUGGCCCAGCAUGAGGUGAAUGCGAAGGAGAUGAUAAGCGGAGGAGCGUUGUGGGAGUUGGUGAGAAUAUCAAAGGAAUGUUCAAGAGAAGACAUUCGAAGUUUGGCUCAUCGUACUCUCUCUUCCAGUCCCGUCUUCCGUUCUGAGAUCCGUCGCCUCGGCAUCCAGUUUUGACUUUGUUCUAAGUUUGUAACAUAAUUAUCAAUCUCUCAACGAGAUUCACACAUGACACACCCAUCAUCAUCUGUAUUCUUUCUAUUUAUUUUAUUUUAUCGAUGUUAGUACUAAACGUUUCGUUCACUUUUGAUUGUAAAAAACGCCUUACUAAAUCACGUUUUGUGAUUCAUCCAACCUCGAAAUAAAAAGAAAGUUUAGUAGAAGACUUAUUAUGAAACAAUGUGUCAAAAACACAGACUGUCUAAUAUUUUACAAUUUACAUUAUAAGAAAAUAGACACCUCGUGAACGCUACCUUCUUCCCAUGGCUACCACCAAACAAUCAGGCAAACGUAAAUUUUUGUGACAAAAAAAAGAAAAAAAAAA